CUGUCAUGCAGCCAAAGGCAGCUUUGUAAUGCCCUGGCCAUAAUAAAGCAAGAGAUGGUUGUGCACAAGGAGGGCGAGAUCAUGCAGACGGAACAGGACCCGACGAUGGAGCUCUCUAUGGUCUCGAUGGACCUCACCUUGCUCCACUGCCCCUUGUGCCUCCGCCCCUUGAAGCCUCCAGUGUAUGAGUGCAAGGGAGGGUGUCUGGCUUGCGCGGACUGCCGCAUCAAGCGCCCCGAGAACCAGCAGCAGUGCCAGAAGUGCGAGCGCGGCAGUGGCUUCGACGUGCGGAACAUGGCGGUAGAUGUCGUCCUAUCCUCGGUGAGGGUGGAGUGCCCGCAUGAAGGCUGUGGGCUCUGCGUGACUUACCACAAGCUCGCCGAUCACCAGAGCGUGUGUCCGCUCGCGCCCUGCAAAUGCCCCGUGCCCGUCUGCAGCUACGAAGGCCCGCCGCCGGUGCUCUCCCACCACAUCAGCACCAUGCAUCCCAUGCCCGUGCACAAGAUCCAAGCGGGGGCGUCCCCACUGCCACACUACGUGGCCAAGCUGUGGGCGAACGGCCCGUCGGGGGAGCCCAAAGGCAGGACCGAUGCCGUCAAGGUGGAAAUGGAGGUGACAAGCAGCAGGGAUCCUGGCGACGUCACCGUGCAGGAGCUGACCUUCUUCACAGUUCCACCCAAGCUAUUGGCCGGGGCUAAGAUGGUGUCCCUCCACAUUCAGAUUGACAAGCUCACGUCCUAA